AUGGGGCAUUCCUAUAAAAGAAAGCCAGAUUGCCCUAGCCACCAAGAGUUUGAAGAUCAACGAUUAUUGUGGCUAAUUUUCGAAUUCUGGGAGUGUAGAAGGUUGUCUGAAGAACAACUGACUUGGAUGAUCGAACCGAAUUUCAAGCCUUUUGGGAUUACAUCAAAUCGAUCCAGAAUUCAAAAUGCGAAAUCAGGAUUUCCACAGUCGUUUGCGCUCGAAAGGUAUCUUUCUGAUUAUGAUCUAUCCGAACAUCUGGCGUACCUAGCUUCCCGACACGCUGGUGGCGAUGCAAAAAGUGCCUCGAAUGCAGCGAUUGGAUGUCUCCGUUUUACAUCUAGUGAGGCAGCUCUCUCUCUGCACUUCCAGCAAGCAGCGUAUUCUUUUGGCUUAGGAUUGAACCUAGGACAUACAACUCACGGUUGCCGAGAAGUAGUCGACGUCCAAGAUGUGAAUACGCAUUUACUUUUGGAAGGUGUAAGAGCUUUUGAGCCUUGCCGUACCACUAUUGUUGAUAAUAUUAAGACUUCUGUACUAGAAGAGAGCGAUGGGAAUGGGGAGCAUCUUGGUAGCCAGCUUUUCUAA